AUGGAGGACACGGGGAUGAUCACCGAGGUUCCGGUGCACCAGACUGGCAGGAAACUGUGGCAAUACCUUGCAACUAUUUCCGCCUGCACAAUGGCCGUCGGCGUCGGCACCGCAUUGGCAUGGACGUCUCCCGUGUUACCUCGAUUGUACAAGGAGGACUCUUGGCUGGUCAUCGACCCGGAGCAAGGGUCGUGGGUGGGCUCGAUACUGGCGCUGGGGGCGAUCGUAGGUGCCAUACCGUCCGGUCCGAUGGCGGACAAACUUGGCCGUAAGAAAGCACUUCUGCUGCUUUCGGCCCCGUUUCUUCUGUCCUGGGCGAUCAUCAUACUCGCCACCCAGCUGUGGUUGAUCAUCGCGGCCAGAAUCGUGGUGGGCAUCGGCGUCGGGGCGACCUGCGUCCUCGUGCCGAUCUACGUGUCCGAGAUCGCGGAGACGUCGGCGCGUGGCGCCCUCGGCGCCCUUUUCCAGUUCUUCCUCACCGUCGGCAUCCUGUUCGGCUUCGUGUUGGGAACCGUCAUGAACUACACGGCGUUCGCCAUAGUUUGCGCCCUCGUGGAGGUCGGCUUCCUCGCCGCCUUCGUGUGGAUGCCGGAAUCGCCGGUCUGGUUGGUAUAUGAAAAGCGAGAAUCGGAAGCCAGAUUAGCGUUAACGGUUCUCCGAGGUGACGUUUACGAUCCAUCCGAGGAGCUCGCGGAGAUGCGGCGAGCAGCGGAGGAGACGACGUCGAAGAAGUCGAGCAUAUUCGAUCUCGUACGCGUCCCCGCGACCAGAAGAGCCAUGCUCGCCACACUAGGCAGCAUGUUCUUCCAACAGAUGUCUGGCAUAAACGCAGUGAUCUUCUACACCACCACCAUCUUCCAGGAAUCUGGAAGCUCGAUAUCGCCAGAUAUCGCUUCUAUAAUCGUUUCGCUUGUUCAGACGGUGAUGUCGGUCGUAGCAGCUGUGAUUGUGGAUCGCGCAGGCAGGAAGCCGCUGUUAAUCUUCUCCUCGGGCGUGAUGUCAGUUAGUCUCGUAGCUCUCGGUUUGUACUUCAAGAUUAAGGUUAACGGCGGGGAUGUCAGUACGCUUGGUUGGCUGCCGCUUACAUCUCUGGCAUUAUUCAUGAUUGCUUUCUCCGUCGGGUUGGGCCCGAUACCUUGGAUGCUGAUGGGCGAAUUUUUCACCGCAGAGACGAAAGCAUUCGCCUCCGGUCUCGCGGUGAUGCUGAACUGGUUCCUGGUGUUUCUGGUGACGAAGACCUACCCGGCGUUGAAUCACGGGCUAGGUGCGGACGUCACCUUUUGGAUGUUCGCCGCGAGCAUGGCGAUUGCGGUCGCGUUCACGCACUUCUUCAUACUCGAGACGAAGGGGAAGUCGUUUCAAGAGAUCCAACAGGAAUUGCAGGAAAGAGAGGGAGAGGGAAAGAAAGGGGAAAAGGGGGAAGAGGUGCAGUCUCUCUUAGAAAUGUUUGUAUUUUGAAAAUCGAAGGAAUUUCCUUGCCAACUCGCGCACAUUUCGUGAAAUAAUUGCCCGACACGCCUGCGGAUAUUUCAUAUCGUUCACACAGAAAACGUCGUGUAUUAAUCCCGUCGAAACUCGAACUUUUGCUUACACUACGUACGUGAAUAUGAAAAUGCUUAUUUGUAGAAAAUAUAUUGGCGGGGAUUUGCGCUACGGCGAAAAGCACCCUCGGGUUGUACGCUGCUCGAUCGAUCGACUCCGUCGCUCAGGAUUGUUCUCUUAUCCUUUCUCGUCUCUCGCUCGGUCUUGCUGUAUCCACGAGACUCACGAGUGAAACUUAAUCCAAAAGAGAGAGACGAUUGUCGAAACAUCGCGAAAAUUUUCACAGUUGUACCGGCGGUUUUUGAUCGUCCGACAAAAUCUCUCCUGCCGGAGAAUCGCUCUGAGUUCCUUUGAGAAGCGGAAUUACACGCUCAUUAGGGGACUUGUGCAGUGUUACAAUGUUUAAUAUACGUAGAUUGGAUGAUGGGACAAUAGGUCGUGUGUGAUUUGCUUUUAAACGAUGCACUUAUUCCCUUGAUACGAAUGGCACAAUUGAGGGCACCGAGAAGACACGAUACGCGUCCCGGCUCUCACCUACGUGCACAGCGUGCGACCGUAUCCUACAUGACGCGUCCGACGGGAUUUCCUCGAUGUGAUCGUCGGUCCAUGAUAUUUUUCAUGAAAAUCUACUACGACUCUUACGAAAGAUCAAUCGAUGCGAAAUUUGAUACGCACCGAGAGAAAUUCUUCUAUGACUACUCUGGGAAAAAUUUCCAUCGGGCAAACCGAUUGAACGACGUGUCCGAUUAUUUUGUCAUCCGAUCAAAUGAUGAAUACCCUUAAUCCGUUGAAGUAUCCGGUAAAGUUACCGAUGCAGUUACCGAUGAAACCUAAUCGGAAAAUCAGUCACCCUUUGUGUAUAUCCGUUAUAAUUUUAAUCGGAUAAAAGGCACAACUUCCAGAUCGGAUGAAGUGACAAAGUGAUGAAAGGGGCCUUAUUUCAUGCCUUUAUAUUUAUUUAUUAGCGGUUAAGGAGCUCCUGAAAUAUGUAUUAGAAACCAAAUAUCAAAAGAUCACUAUAUGCCAUUAUGUGCAAGCCUUGAUUAUUUAUCGAUCGAUAAAAACAGCCAACAAGAUGUCCAAUGAUAAUGAGAGAGAUAAUGAGAAAAAUCAUGAGAGAGGAUCUUUGAAUUCCAAUUUUUCAAUUACGGCUGUUCAUAAUAAACACAAUCGACAAACCAAGUACGUAAUACGUAAUAACAUUACGCGCUCCUCAUGCGUGCGAAAAUGUUAUCGACGAUAAUAGCAAUGUUGAGACAGGCGAGCGCUCAUGUAGCACAAUUCGCAUAACGUAUUCGCUUAAAUAUAUUAUAAUAAUACAAAGGCCUGACCACAUUUUCCAACGCGCGAGCAAUACUGAUUAUUCGCCUCUCAUUUUCACAUCGAGCACGCGCACACAUACACACACACACAUAAUUGCACCAGAUAUAUAUAACGUUUCAUUAAAUUACACUCGAUUUAUCACUGCUUUCUUGCAAAACAAUUUUGUUCUUAUCUCUCGAAAACGCGAGAUAUCCUAAUUACAUUGCCUUUCUGUUGCCUCUCCUCUUAAAUUUAAACAAUCGUAAACAGAGUCGUAGAUACAAUCAAAGAUUCAGGAAAUGGAGAAACGGUCUAUUCAUAUUCAUGAAUUCGCGAGCAGGAGAGAGAAAGAGAGAGGUAUUCGCGCGCGUAAAAAAAAACCCGGAAUUAUUAUUCGGUUCGGUAAUUCCCCGAUCGACCGAGAUUAGUACGAAUUCAACGAUAUACCAGCGCUGGGAGCGUUGUUACGGAAAUUACGGGAAGAACGAGAAUAGAGGACGAAGGACAAAUUACCCGUGUCAAGAUGUAUCCUUGCCCUCUCGGUACGAUUCUUCGCGCGCGCACGCGGACGAUAAGAACAUCAACAAAUGAUGCAUAUUCGUAUUAGGCGACCAAAUUGAAUCUUAAACCAAAUUUAAUCCUAAACCGACGAGGAUCGUAAAAUUUCGCUAAAACUUCCCGGUUACCGACGUAACCAUCGUCGGUCGCGAGCACAGAACCCGAGAUGCGAUGAUCCGAGCGAUGGUUCGUUCUCUCGUUCUCUCCCUCGGAAACAAAUCAGCCCGUGUCUUCUUAAACAAGGUCAACACUAGGAGUCCUUCGAUUAUUCAUUAAUUGUCACUGGCUAGCUCGGAGGAAUCCGAUUUCCCGACGAAGAUAUCGACGUUUGACGUCGCGCUUCCGCCGACGAGCGCAGCGAAAGAACUUCCUUCUCUCCUCCCGAGUCGAGAAAUUUCGGUUCUAUGCUAAACUUUUCAUUCUGCAACAUAAUCGGAGCUAUGAUGAUAGCAAAAUAGAUGCACACACACACACACACACACAAUUCCAAUUCCGGUUAUAGGUUAAUUAAUUCCUCAUUAACUAUUGCGAAUACCGCAAAACGCUAUGGCACUCUUUUGUUCACCUCAAUCUGUUUCUAUGUCUUCACGAGCAUUGGCGUUGAUAAACUGUGGGAUAAACCGUCAUUUGUUCGACGGUUAUCACGGUUAGAGCCAAUCCGCGUGUCUUUUAUACACAAUACUGUAAUUUUCCCGUGAUUCAUCGCGCCUACACUCUUUCUCUAUAGUGGCUUAUCAAGAUACUUUUUGUUCCUCUUGUCAGCGUCCGAUCCUGUACGUAUAAAUACGUAACUUCAUCGGUUCUUUCGUUUCUACCUUCCUCCUCUCUUUAUCGCAACAACUUUAUGCGAUAGAUAGAACGAAUAUAUCGAAUAUAACGAUAUUCGAAUUGUUGUGGCCGUUUUUAUUUUCGACGACAAUCUGGUUUUUUUCCGGACAAUUCGUCAUCAUCCGCAGCGACGCCCCCUCAUCGCAUUAACUAUCGAUUAUGUUGUCCUAUCGCGCGCGCGUCGCCCUCAUUUUUAAUCCGUCGUCUCGCAAUUUUACCCACGCGUCCUCCUCCCGCGACAUCGAAAACGCAAUUCAAAGUUACGCAGCGCCCGCUCAAUGUUUGUCGACACCGAAUGUAGCGUCAAACUCACACGAUUUUGCAACUAGUAAAUGACGUUAACGAUGUUUACAGUCAUGCAUUGAAAAUACGCGCGAUAGCAUCGAGUCUCUUCUCUUCGUGCGAUAUUAGUAUAUUUAUGCAAUAAUAUCUCGAAAUACGCGUAAUCGCACUUCGUCGUUAUGUUGUAAUAGUAGUUGCAACUGCUAAAACCAUCCCGACAAUGGCAAGUAAAAAUUUCUCGCUUCGCCUGUAUAUACAUAUAUAUUGCGUGCAGGUGAUUUAAUUCCACUUCACUUCUUAUCGCGCUUAUUGCCGGCAUCGGCUAAUUUCGCCAUCGGUUAUCCAUUUAUAUUUUUGCCGGCGCGAUAAUCUGCCAGGCGUGAUGCGAACGCAGAUGAAAAAAGGAGGCAGAUCGUCACGUACAGGAUGUACAGAAAAAGAACUCAACAUGAAUUACAAUUUCUCGAAACGGCGGAUGAUAGCCUGAAUGAACCGAAGAGUGGAAAUUCAACGGAUUACUCGGUCGAGUAGACGUUGGGUCGUUGCUACGUACUCGAUCGCAUUUAAGCGGGCAAAGUGCACCGCUCGUGAGCGCUGGUGAAAAAAAAUUUUCCACCACACUCUGCCGAUAUUCGAUAUCGACAUUUUUACUUCGACGGUCGCGCGAGAUUAUGCAUCGUCUGGUUUAAGAAUAAUAAUCUAUUCUUUUCUGUCCCGUUUUUAUAUGAUCGCGUACAUAAGUGCCGGCGACUCAAAUUAGUAGUAUAAAGUCGGAAGGGGACGAGAAAGAGAGAGAAAGAGAGAGGGAGAAUUAUCACUUAUCGGUUUUCGACAGUGGGAAGUUUCCGACAUUGAUGAUUGAGCGUUAAUGACUCUUCAUGUCAAGUGACUUUCUUCUUCACGCUUAACAAAACGUCUCGCUACUGACGUUUGACAAAUGUUUUGAUAUUUUUCUCUCGGUGUGCGAAUGAACGCACCGCGUAAACGUUAUUGGUCGUACAAAUAUUUGGAGGCUUUACGACGCGUUUUUCAUCAAAAACCAAAAUAAAGUAUGCAUCCAUAUCGAUGUAACAAUUGAUGAUGAUCUUUUGUUUAAUACCAAGAAUGUAUUUCGAUAUUUCGAUAUG